AUCAACACAUACCAUUGGCCUUGAAGAACACACACAACUUUGAGGUGGAGCAGGAAGAGAUAAAUAAUCUGACUCAACGUUCUCACCUCACAUUCUCAAGUUUCGCAGCUCGGCAACACAAAGCCCGACGACUCCACAGGCGAUGGGACAGAGAGAUUGGACUGAGAUGUCGCACGAGAAGGAAAUAUGCACCGCAAGCCACCAGGAGUGUUUAGGGGAGAACGAGUCGUCAGAGGCAAUUGGUCAAGAAGUGCGGCCAAAGAAGUGUUCUCCUGUGCCGGAUGUCACACUUUGCCACGCAAGCCAAAUGGGUUUGACCCGGAUCAAAACGAAAAUAAUCCCGUUUUCCAGCUGGCUUAGCAGGGUGCUUAAACAUCUGCUGAUAUGCGUGACCAUCCACAAGGAAUGGCACUCUGAGCCAGGUACCGAUCCAGGAGAGUUUGUUUUCUCAGAACAGAUCAACGAACCAGAGCCGCCUGACCCGGCGCCACUUUGCUCCGAUCCCCUGCUUGAAAUAUCCGCCUGCGCCUCAGAAUAUGUUUCCCUGCCUUCUCCACACAACGUCUUCACACACGAGGUCCAGGUGGAAAGUCUGCCAGUGGAGCAGACCUCAAUGACCUACAGCGUUACAGGCUAUCCUCACGUGGGCUACUCGGUCCAUAAUCAAUCCAGAAGACCCGCCUGCCUCUUGCCUCGUUCUCACAGCACCUCUGUGCUCAGACCAGAGAAGAGCAAAAGCUUGACCCGAUCGGCCAGCUUGAUCGACAUGUUCCUCAAGGACUUUGAGCACUUUACGCCUGACGUCACCGUGGGGGGAAAGAGGGAAACCUACCGGCUGCAGUGCUUCAGGGCCGGCAGGUACCAGUGCACAGUGACGGGCUUGGUGUUUCACAUGGAUGGAGAGGGGGAUGUGCGUUAUGGGGUCAUCCCAUGGGACCUAAGCCUACUGGCCCAGCACCACAAGAAACCCGCAGGACCGCUUUUUGACAUCCAGUGUGACAAGCCGUCCAUGCGGCAGCUUCACCUGCCGCAUUGUGAGAUCCCAUCCAUGGGCGGGUGCAGCCGUUUGCUAGUGGCUCACGUGAGUGGCGAGGGCAUGGAGGUAGUCACCCCUCAGAAGACCACCGACACUCACGUCAUCGCCAACAUCCCAGGCUUCUCGGCUUUUGGGCUCAUGAGAAGUGAAGAUACGCUUCGCCUCCCGAUCCGUGCGCUGGUGCUGGUCUUCCUCAUUUCCGAACCCCCGUCCGUCUUAAAUGUGUUGUUAGUGUCAGACAACGAGGUGGUGGAUGAAGUGAUCCGUGUUCGCAGCAGACGCAAUCCCAACGAGGCCUUUGUCAACACCAUCUCAGGAUGCACCCUAGUCCCGGAGCAGCGGUACGUGCUGACCAGCCCGCUAGGAGACAUGCUGCGAAUUCAACCAAGUAGCGCCGCUUUUUGCGACGAUCUUCGCAGGAACUUCAUGAAUUCAUUCCAAGUACUUGGAACAGACAACAUGGACACGAUUAAUCUGGCUCUGAGGGAGUAUGACAACCCCCAAGGCCACGUCUGGUACGCCGAGGUUCCUUUGAGGCACGCGGUCCAGCACCACUACGGUUUUACCGUUGAAGACCUGAGAAACGCUUGGUCCGGCUUCGUCCACCGAGUAUCACGGCCGGUCCUUGGGACUCUGGUGGACCGUCUGUUUCAGGAAAAAUUCCUAAGCGCAAGUGAAAGAGACCAAAUGGACCAAGAAUGCGACAAAAGGCGGAAGGCCCGUGCCGUCUUAAAAAAAAUGAUUAACCUCAACCAACAGGCUCGUGAACGCUUCGUCACUUUACUUCGUGAAGAAGAUCCUCAUUUGGCGGCUACUCUUGGCUGGUGAGGGCCGGACUCAUACAUUUUGGUGUUUCCUUAAAUCAGCCACAAGCAUGGCAUCUUAAACUCGGAAGAAGAGUGAACACGUUGUCUGGACUGUGUGAUGACGUGAGAGCAGGGCGUCUGCGGAACAAAAACUGCUACUAAAUACAAUUUGCAUUGACGUUCUAUUCUUGGAUGUUCUCAGGACUCGGAGGCUCUGGAUAAAAUCGGAUUAUGUCCAAUUUAUUGGGAUUAUAUUGUCAAAGUCAUCCUUGAAGUACUCAAACUUCUAUUUUAUACGUAUAGUCAAUUUGUUAUGUAAGAUGCUAUAUUUUUUUAAAUAUAUUUUUGCAUCAUUAAAACAUGUAUUUAUAUAUAUAUAUAUAUAUAUAUAUAUAUAUAUAUAUUAUAUAUAUAUACACAAACGUGUAUGUGUGUAUGAAUUAUAUAUUUUACUGUUAUAUUUUUAUUCCAAUUGUUGCUUUUUAUUUGUAUUCUUAUUGUAAUUUUUCUCUAUUUUGUUUCCAUUUAAACCCCCAUUAUUAACUUUUUACUUUUUUUAAUUGAUCAAACUCUGUACACUGCUGCUGGAAGUUAAAUUUUCCUGAAAGAACUCUCCUGAAGGAAUCAAUGAAGUUCUAUCCAUCCAUCUAUCUAUCUAUCUAUCUAUCUAUCUGUGUAUAUAUAUGUAUAAAUAUAUAUAUGUGUAUAUAUAUAUAUAUGUGUAUAUCUAUGUAUAUAUAUAUAUAUAUAUAUAUGUGUAUAUAUAUAUAUAUAUAUAUAUAUUGCCCUGAUUGCCUUCUCAACGGAGGGUGCUUACAGACAUCAGUCGUUUACCAAGCAAAGGUAACACGCAAGGACAUUAACACAUCCGACACGUACGUAGGAUUAAACAAAGGAGCGUUCAAAACAAGAUGGAAGAAUCACAACGCCUCCUUUAGAAACCAGACUUUGCGGAAUUCUACAGAACUCAGCAAACACAUUUGGAACCUCAAAGACAAUAAUGUUGAAUAUUCAAUAACAUGGUAAAUUCUUGCAUCCAGCACACCUUACAACAGUGGUAAUAAAAGAUGCAACCUAUGCUUAAAAGAGAAACUGUUUAUUAUAUAUCAUCCAGAUCUAUCAUCUCUCAAUAAGCGCAGCGAAAUCAUUUCAACAUGCCGCCACAGACUGACACACCUCCUAGGUAACACAUGAGCCAAUCACCACGCCCCUACACCUGUCUGUACCCACCCACUCUGUGCCCUACAUAUAUACAUAUAUAUAUAUAUAUAUAUAUAUAUAUAUAUAUAUAUAUAUAUAUAUAUAUCGGUCCUCAGCAUUAUUCUUCCUCCAAACACGACAAGUUGAGUUUAUACCAAAUUGGAUACAUGGAUGAUACAGCAGAGGAUUGGGAGAAUGUCAUGUGGUCAGAUGAAACCAAAAUAGAACUUUUUGUCAUAAACUCAACUCGUCGUGUUUGGAGGAAGAAGAAUACUGAGUUGCAUCCCAAGAACACCACACCUACUGUGAAGCAUGGGGGUGGAAACAUCAUGCUUUGGGGCUGUUUUUCUGCUAAGGGGACAGGACGAUUGAUCCGUGUUAAGGAAAGAAUGAAUGGGGCCAUGUAUCGUGAGAUUUUGAGCCAAAACCUCCUUCCAUCAGUGAGAGCUUUGAAUGGUUGAACAAAUACUUAUUUUCCACCAUAAUUUACAAAUAAAUUGUGACAAUGUGAA